AUGGAUGCUAUUUCCUACAAAAGAAGAGAAAUAGAGAAAAGAGUUUUAUCUUGGGAGCACACUUCUGCCGGGGAUCUGUCAACAGCUCCGGCGGCAGAGCUGGAAAGAGAUGAGGGCGGCGGCGUGAGCAGGAGACGAGAGGGAGAGGAGAAGGAGAGAGAAAAGAGAAGGGACAGACCGACGGAGGAGGGAGAGAGAGACGCCGUCAGAGGCGGCGGCGGCAGCAGGAGCUCUACGCCAUCGUCGAAGCUGUGCUAUACAUGGAGCAAGGUACCAUCCAACAGUGCCCUCGACAAGGCUCAUGAGAUUAAGCCAACAAGUGAUAUACAAUCUUCUGGUUUGGAAGAAAAAACCUUGCUUUCUGAGAACUACAUCCUUGGUAAUGUUUUUAUUGAAGGCACUCAAAAGCAAUUAGAAAGUGGAAGCCAAAGCAUACUUUCUACGAAUGAGAUUUGUGUUUUGUUGAACGAGGACACAGAUGAGUCCAUUGAGGAUGCGAAGGAUGAUCACUCAGAUGAGAAUGGGCUUCUCUCGGUGCAAAACUUCUUCAAUUACACUAAGGGUGAAGGAAAACAAUUGUUCCGCGAGCUGGACAGAGAGGGCGAGUGGCAAGUUACACGGGAUUUGCAGGGUGGUGAUGUUGCAAGAAUGAAUCAUCGAUCAACAUUGCUCAACGGUGAUGCACGGUUGAUCCCGCCGCGCAAUGACACGCUAUAUUUGAAUGUUCUUGGACGUGUUGACAAGCUAUCCAUUUUAGUGCCGAACUUUGAUAAUCACAUUGGCCCUCCUUUGAUGAUUUUUGAUAGGGAUGAGGAAGGGAGACGCUUCCCUAUUCGGUGUGCGUUUGAUCCAGGAGGGAAUAGCUCGCCAAACCUUUUGUGUAGCUCUUCAUUGUGUCGUGGUUCCCACCUUGAGGACAAGGCGAAUUUUAAUUGCAGAAGAGUUGAUACGAGAUAUCUCUAUGAAUAUUCCCUAUACCCUAUUAUUUAGUUAGUUAUUGAUUUAGCAUAUCUUUCCCAUAUUUUCCCAUAUUAUCUCUUAGGAUCUUUUGUCUUGCUCAUUAAGUUAGUAUCCCUAUUAUAAAUAGGGUUAUUGUUAUUAUCAUUAUUCAAUCAAGAAAUACAAUUACUUUUAUCUUAUAA